CCACCAACCAGCAGCAGUCAUCACCACCACACCUCCGCGGCGGCGCCAGCGUUACUGCCUUCCCUUGCUGCUCUCCUCCCCCCCGCGCCGCCGCAACCAGAACCCUAAACCCUAGCAGCCCCCCUCCGCCGCCGGCAACCAUGGCGGACGCCGUCCAGUACCGCCUCGAGCGGAUGACCGACGAGCUCGACGACCUCGAGCGCCGGGGCCUCUUCACCCGCGCCGAGCUCGCCGACGUCGUCCGCCGCCGCCGCGACUUCGAGUUCCGCAUCCGACGCCACUCCCCGCUCCGUCAGGACUUCCUCGACUACAUCGCCUACGAGCUCCGCCUCGACUCCCUCCGCAACCUCCGCAAGCGCGCAAUCAUACGCGCCGCCGACUCCGAAUCCGAUGACGACGACCGUGGCAGUGACGACGAGGGAGGCAGCAAGAAGAGGAAAAGGAAAAGGGGCAAGAAGUGGAAGAAGUCCAUCUCCGACGUCGCGGGGGUCCUCCGCGUCCUCGACAUCUACAGGAUGGCAACCGUCAGGUUCAAGGGAGACCUCGACCUCUGGUUCCGAUACCUCGAGUUCUGCCGCGACAAGCGACACGGAAGGAUGAAGCAGGUUCUGGCACAAGCCAUUCGCUUCCAUCCCAAGGUUCCUGGGCUUUGGAUCUAUGCGGCAGCAUGGGAAUUUGAUCAGAACCUGAAUGUUGCUGCAGCACGUGCACUGAUGCAGAGUGGCCUCAGGUCCUGUCCAGACUCAGAGGAUAUGUGGAUCGAGUAUCUUCGCAUGGAGCUUACCUACCUUAACAAGCUCAAGGCUCGAAAGGUAGCUCUCGGGGAGGAUGUGAAGAUGCUGCAAAAGAGUGAUAACGAUGCUGGCCAAUGGAAAGAGGAAAACAAAGAACUGUUCAUGCCACUGAAUGAAAAAGAUGAAGGGCCUGAGGACUCAAGGUCAGGUGGAGAGGCUCUGGAGGAGAAGGAAGACAUGUUCUGGCGGCAAGGAUUGUUAAUCAUCCAAACCAUAUAUCAUGGUGCGAUGGAAGCUCUUCCAUCGAGCUUAACCUUGCGGAAGAAAUUCUUGGAGAUAUUAAACAGUGUGGACUUGGCACAUUCUGAGGAGAUGAAGAUAGAGGUCCUGGAUGACCUGAAGAAAGAUUUCUCCCAUUGCGAGGACUAUUGGGAUUGGUUUGCUAGGCUUCAGCUAACUGACUUGAAUAAGUCCAGUACUUUGAACGGAAAGGAUGCUCUAUCGAAUAAGUUGAACAAAUCAAUUCAGGUAUAUGAUGAAGCUGUCAGAAGGCUGCCAACUUCCAAAAUGCAUUCCCUUUAUGCAAAUUUUUGGAUGGAUGUUCUAUAUCCUGAUAGGGAAGAUUCCAUUGCAUCAUUCCAAAAUUCUGAAUUUGAUGCUUCAGAAUUCACUUCAUCUAUACUGAAAGUUUAUGAAAGUGCUGAAUCAUGUGGGUGUCUUACUGAGGAUCUUGCUUGCCAAUAUGUAUCACUUUGUUUGAAACUCGAAAGACUGGAGGAAGCUAAGAAUCUUGCAGAAAAGCUUUGCAACGGUCCUCUUUCAGAUGCUGCGAAUUUGUGGAGCCUGAGAGCUUCUAUGGAGAUAAAUUCGUUUGCUACUGCGGGCAGUUCUCCAUUCAGCAAGGAGAACUUGAGUUGUUUAUUUGAUCUAUUUAACACUGUACUUUCUAAGUUACCCAUAACUCAGACUGAGGGAUUGUGGCACAUGGCCAUGAAAUUGUUUUCUAAUGAGAAGAUCUAUUUUGAGAAGCUGGUGAAGUGUGCGAUGCUAUCAUUAAGUUUGGCAGGUGGGAGUGAUUUGGGUGCGUCGGUUUCUUCUGCAAUUGUUGGAUGGUAUUUGCAAAGAGACGGUAUGAAACAAGCUAGGAAGAUGUACAAGAGGCUUCUCGCUCUACCCCGUCCGAGCCUGAAGUUUUUCCAGUACUGCAUAGAGCUGGAAGCUAACCUUGCUUCGCUGGGAGACAAUGGUGCCCUUGCAAAUGCUCGUAAGCUUUAUGAUUCAGCAAUCGACCACUAUCCGCAGGAAAGAGAAGUGUGGAGAAACUACUACAACCUGGAGUUGAAGGUGGGAACAUCAGAAACUGCAAAUACUGUUUACUGGCGUGCUCGUAAGGUGCUUGGUGACUCCACUGCACUGACUGCUCCCAGUAGCUAGCAGGAUGCGACCUGUGUUAACUUGUACUACCCUUUUUGAUUGGAUUUAUUUAUUUUCCGUGGGCAUAUUUGGGUCAGCAGUUAAGCUGAUUGCAAGAAAAUUUUGGCUUGUCUCUGUUUGCUGGGUUUGGGUUUUCAUUCUGGAAUCCAGCCACAGCGUUCAACUGAAUGGAAUGGAGCAAUAUCCCGUGUUGUGGUUGGGCUUGAA